UGUAUACUCGGGUAGCUCAAUGCUUUUCAAAUGGGAAGAUGGCAAGCCAGGCGACCGCGGUCUCCCUUGGAUCUGUAAAUGAACGCCGUUUGAGACCCGUUUACGAACAUCUUGACAUUGGAAACAACAAAUCAGCUCUUCAUGAAGCAGAAAAAGUUCUAAAGAAACAAAAAGAUUUAUCAGCAGCUAAGGUUUUGAAAGUCAUUGCGCUGAAUCGUCUUGGACGCAGAGAUGAGGCUUUUGCAUUAUCACAAGAAGUUGCAGCUCUGGGUCCGACAGAUGAAAACAGUUUGCAAGGGCUGAGCCUGUAUUAUAGAGAGACACACAGACAUGACUUAAUUCCUCCCAUUUAUGAGUCUGCAGUUUCAAAAUGUGUCGGGAACGAAGAAUAUCUCACACAUUUAUUCAUGUCUUAUGUGAGAACAGAGAAACCAAAGGAUAUGCAAAGGGUUGCCAUUUUACUUUACAAACAUCAUCCGAAGAAUCCUUAUUUAUUCUGGGGCAUCAUGGCGAUAGUAAUGCAGGCCCUCAAUGAUGAAAAACUUGGGAAGAUGAUGUUCUUGCCCCUUGCAGAAAGAAUGAUUGAAAAACAUAUUGAGAAAGGAAAAAUAGAGGCCGAAGCGGAAGUCCGACUGUACCUAAUAGUCCUAGAAAUGUUGGAAAAACAUGAGAAGUGUUUGGAAGUUUUGGAAGGAAAGCAUGCAAGAUAUUUCAUGCUGGAAGGGGAAGAAAUCAGCAUCCUGAAAACUAACAUUUACAAAAAAUUAGGAAAAUGGGAAAAAAUUAAUUCAAGAAAUAAAGUAUUAUUGAAAAAAGAGCCUGAUACUUGGAAUCACGUCAUUGGUUAUCUCGACUCUCUGGAACACCUAGUGGACAAUGAAUCGAAAGAAGAAAAUUCAAAUGCAGAUGAUGCAGGAACAAGUUUCGAGGAUGCUGACCACAAGUGGGAGCAAGCAGUCGAUUUAUUCCUUCAACUCCUUGAAAGUGAGAGAAGUUCAAAUGCAAAGAGAACGAGACGAGGACCUUUCUUAGCUGUGUUGGAAUUGCACAAGAGAUUAAAGUUAAUGACUGAGAAAGAUGAAUCCAUUUCAACAUUACUUGAAAGAACUGGCAAUCCUGUUGAACUGAUUAUAGAAUUCGUUGAAUUAUUUUCAUCAAAGCCUUGUUGUUUCGGCGAUUUGGAGCCGUAUGUCAAGUCUUUGGAAUCUGAAGAAAAAAAUGAGCUCCUGUUAAAAAUAAAUGAAAAAGUUCUUUCAUUCAUCCUGAAUGAGAAUGAAACGGAUGAAACUGAAAACGAUGAUAAACUGAAAGAAAAGAAAAUACAGGAACAUUUAUUUUAUCUGGAAAUGCAAAGAUUUCUUGGUCACCAUGAAGCAUUGAAGAAAGCAGACAAGAUUGAAGUUGUUACAGAUUUGUUGAAGAGAUAUGACCAAGGGUUGAAGCAUAGUUCUUAUCGUCCAGUAACCGAUGUGAGAGUCGUUGAUGAUUAUCUACUUCUUGCAGCGAAUAUUAUGAUUGAUUUGUACAAAGAAGAAGAUGAUCUCGAGCAUUUGUGGAAAGCGAUCUAUAUUCUUGAGUUGGGAAAGCAACGUAGCACGAUCAACUUUCGAAUCAAGUUUACGCUGAUUAGGCUGUAUUGUGAGAUCGGAAUAUUCAUGCCUUGCGCUCAGAUCUACGAUUCGCUGGAUAUAAAGCACAUGCAACAAGAUACUUUAGGUUAUAUAGUUUGCCACGCAGUGUCUUCAUUCGGCCACUAUCAACUUGCAUCUCAGGCAUUCGAAGCCUCUCGUGCGUUCUUUAUUUCAAACAACAAAGAUUCGUUGGAACUCCUGAUUGCCUGCUUUAGGAAUGGGACUUUCCAUAAGGUCUCAGAAUUCAUUUCAUUCCGAAACCAUGUCAAGGAUUCUCUCCAUUCAGCUUUAACAACAACGGAACACACUUAUAUGGACCUGGUCACGCAGGGAGAUCUUGACAUCCCAUACUAUGACCUGAUUGAGACAUGUUGUCUUCCUGAUGAAAGAUUCAAUUUUGAGAUACUCACUGAUAACAGGGAUUUUAGCAUCAGAUUUGAUUGGAUGCCGGAACAUAAGCAGCUGAAGAAAUCGCACACUGACGUGAGCUUUACUCUUGAAAAGCAUUGGUUGCGAUUUCGGGAACUACAAGUUCGGUCCAUCCUUGAAUUAUUAAAACUUGCUUCACAGUCAAAGACAUUAGGAGAUAGUGGGCUAGAAACAAUGAAUUCAUUUCUGAAAGAACUGGAAGAAAUUGUUGAAAACACGAAGUACGAUCCUGGGAUAUCUGUGGAGUUUCCAUUCCACGGGCCUCCUCGGUCAAGAAUUCAAUUGUUAUUGGAAGUCAAAUAUCAAGACACGACUGUGACAUUGCUUAGGUUGUUUCAUAAACUUCUUGCCGAAAUAAUAAAUCCGGAAUCAGAAAAAGAUUUAAAAAAAGUUUCAGAAUCUCUGAUUUCAGGAAUUGAAGAUGCUCUAUCAUUAGCUGGUCUAACAGCCAUGGGUGACACUCUACCAAAUGCAACAAAGAAAAGCAAUAAGAAAAAAACAGUGAAGCAUGACCAUUGUCAUGGUGACUGUGACCAUGAUGACAAUGAUUCAGUAUGUGUGACAUCAUCUCCAGAAAAAACUGUCGAGUCAGCUGUAAAUUUAAUUGUUCCGAAUUCUUUGAAAGAUGUAAAAAGAUGUAAAUUAGAAAGACUUGUCGCAACUUGUGAAUUGUUCAGUCUAACCGUUCUCCUGACGAAUAAUUUUUCAUCGCUAAUCACGGAAGUUCGUUCAGAAGCAAUUAAAAAGCGUAGAAGGAAAAAGGGCAAACAGGCACCCAUGCCUUCAAUCAUCACUUUCUAUCAAGAAUUUGUAUCCGAACUCAAAAAUCUGGGACAAAAACUAUUGUCUGCAAUUGAACAGAUGUCCGCUGAUGCAGAAACUAUGACUCUUGAUCUUUCCAAGAUGGAUGGGGUCAAAGUUGAAAAAGAGAAAUUAGCAAACGGAGAAGUAGAACCUAUGCAACAAUGCAAUGGAGAAACAGAGAAGACGACACCCACAACCACACCCCUUCCUGACCAACUUGUCCAAUUAGCAUCAGACAGUAUUUUGAAUUCAACCAAUCAGCUUUCAGAGAUUAUUCAAGGUCGUCUAGGAAAUUUGAAGGCCAUCAAAGUUUAACUUAAAAUCAUAUCAGUGAAGAUUUUCCAUCCAAGAAUGAAGUUCCAGCUCUUUGUAUUUUCAUCAUCAGACGUUCACGCUUCCUCACGGAACAAGAAAACAAUAUUCAAGCUUCCUAGAAGUUUCUUCUGUUCUUGUUUCCUAUACUUCACCAUCGCUGAAUUUUUAAUGCCUAUUUUGAGAGUAAUUUUGAAAUAUGGCGCAAACAUAUCGGUUUACAUCUUGAAAUAUAUCUUUACUU